AUGCAUUUUUUUCAACCCAUUGCUUUAAUUUUAAUAUUUGUAAUUCUUUUCUUUGAUAUUUGUGAAUCUGAUGAUUGUAGCAAUCCCUUGAAGACUAUUACUGUUAGUCAAUCUGGCAAAGAAAAUUUCAAAACAAUUCAAAGUGCCAUUGAUUCUGUCCCUGCAGGAAACUCUCAAUGGAUUCAUAUUCAAAUUUCAUCUGGUGUUUACAAAGAGCAAAUAUAUAUUCCAGAGAACAAACCAUGCAUUUAUCUUGAAGGAGUUAGCAGGCAAACCACAAGUAUAGAAUGGAGUAUACAUGAGAAUGCUACUUUCGAUACAAGAGCAAAUAAUACAGUUCUAAAGGGCAUUACUAUCGCGAAUACAUUGAACAACCCAGUAGUAGAGGCGAAUGGCAUCACACAAGGCGUGGCGGCUAGAAUCCAUGCAGAUAAAUGUGUUUUCUAUAGUUGUGGUUUUCUUGGAGUGCAAGAUACUCUAUUUUCUGACAUUGGUCGCCAUUACUUCAAACAAUGUUUCAUCCAAGGUGGUGUGGAUUUCAUAUACGGGAAUGGUCAAUCAAUCUUUGAGGAUAGUAAUAUAUAUUUUUCGAUGGGGAAAAAUGGUCCGAAAAGCGAAGGAGUUAUUACAGCGCAUUAUAGAAAUUCGUCAAAUGAUCCAAGUGGAUUUGUGUUUAAUAGAUGUAAAAUAAGUGGUUCAUCAGGAGGAAAGUUUCAACUUGGAAGGUCUAUGAAACCUUAUGCAAGAGUGAUCAUAGCAAAUUCUUUCUUAUCAGAUGGUGUUAAACCUGAGGGUUGGAGUCCUAGAUUGUGUGUUGGUCAAGAAGCUAAGAUUACUUUUGUGGAGGAGAAAUGCUCUGGAGAUGGAUCAAACAAAUCGCAGCGUGUGAAAUGGAUGAAGAGCUUGAGUGAAGCUGAACUUAAUAAAUUCUUGAGUCCCUCUUUUAUUGAUCAAGAAGGAUGGAUUUCCAAAUUGCCGACCAACAUAUUCAAUUGA